AUGAAAUUAAUCAUCAAAGAACAAUUAUGGAGGAUUGGAUUUCCCGAAACAACCGACAUGAAACCCCCGUCUCAACCCGUUAAGAUAAAGGGUGCUUCCAAGAAAGUGAAGCCUUCACCAAAUGACAGCUUGACAACACAGUGUCCUUCAUAUUUUGAGCAUGUCGACAAACGCUUUCCAGACUCACCUACUCCGAAAUCGCAAAAAUCUCAAAAGAGUUCAAACAAGGGAGCUCGCAUAAGCAAACCGCCUCCGACGACUAGUCCACCGCAAGUUCAGCAAGUUUCGACGCCGAUUCCAACACCUAUUUCCCCAUCAAUCAAAGAGGUACAAAUUGCUCUAAAAAUUCCAUUCAUUGACAAGAUGACGGUUUUUAUGCAUAAAUACAUCGAUCGGAUCAUCAAUGUGGUGGAGGACGGUAAUUGUAGAUUUCGGGCCGUAUUGGCUUUGCUUGGUAAGGGAGAGGAUGCCCAUGAGCUUGUCCGUCAUGAUCUUAUCAAAGAAUUGGUGAACCAUAAAGACUCGUACACGCGGAUAUCUGGAGACGAAACCAAAUUUGAAUCGGUAAACGAGGCUCUUGUUCCAUGGGGUGGCGCUUAUGCACCGUUUUCGCAUUGGAUGAGAUUCCCGGACAUGGGGCAUCUUAUUGCAUCCGCAUAUGACAUUGUAUGCAUUGACUUGAGGCAUUACAGUUUUUCGGAAACCUUUUUUCCGCUCCGCACGACACCUCCUACAAAUCCAAUUGAUCGUAUUAUAUGUGUUGGAUGGAUCGCCAAAUCGCGUCAUUUUGUACAAGUUUACUUGAAACCGGGAUGCCCCAUACCACCUACUUCACCAAAAUGGGCACUUUAUCACACCGAAGUUGCUGAUACGUGGCUGGACCUUUUGUGGAUAGGAUGCACUAUUUUGAAAGGUUGA